AAUAUUAAACAAUUUGUGCUUAUGUCAGUAAUACUAAUACCAUUUAGAUGCAUUAAAGAAGAAGAUCCAUCUGUUUCUCUCCCCUCAUUUUUCAUAGAUUGUACUGAACAAACUUUGGGAUUAUUUGUUAGAACACAAGAACACUAAGGAAUUGUUUGGAACUGAGUGAGAGUUGCAGCAUAAUUGCAUUUUAAUUUUAUGGGUGAAAACAUUGCCACAAGGAACCAGCUGCAGUUUCACAACAGCCCAGCUUUUGAUGUCUCACUCGAUGUGCAAGGAGGCUCCAAAAUCGUCGAUGAAGAUGGCCGCCUCAUAAGAACCGGAACUCUCUGGACGGCAAGUUCACACAUAAUUACUGCUGUGAUUGGGUCUGGAGUUCUGUCCUUGACUUGGGCCAUAGCUCAGCUUGGAUGGAUUGCUGGUCCUGUUGUGAUGGUCAUGUUCUCCUUCAUCACCUACUACACUUCAACUCUUCUUGUUUCCUGCUAUCGUGAUCCCGUCACUGGAAAGAGAAGCUGCACUUACUCGGAUGCUGUUCGAUCCCACCUUGGUAAAGUUCAGGUCAAAAUGUGUGGAUUUAUUCAGCAAUUGAACCUUUUUGGAACUACUAUUGGCUAUACUGUAACGGCAGCUAUAAGCAUGGUGGCAAUAAAAAGGUCUACUUGCUUCCACAAUAGUGGUGGAAAAGAUCCAUGCCUUACCAGCAGCAAUCCCUAUAUGCUAGCUUUUGGAAUCUCGGAAAUUAUAUUGUCUCAAAUUCCAAACUUUGAUAAGUUGUCUUGGCUCUCCAUUGUUGCUGCAUUCAUGUCCUUCACUUACUCUGGAAUUGGACUAGCCCUUGGAAUUGCUAAAGUUGCUGAAAAUGGAAAAAUCAAGGGAAGCAUGUCCGGAAUGAGCAUUGGGGUUGUGACUCCAGCCCAAAAGAUGUGGAGGACCUUCCAAGCACUUGGUGACAUAGCUUUUGCCUUCUCUUACUCAAUCAUCCUCAUUGAAAUUCAGGACACAGUUAAAUCCCCACCAUCUGAAACCAAAACAAUGAAGAAGGCCACUCAACUUAGUUUGGCAGUGACAUCCAUUUUCUACAUUCUAUGCGGCUGCAUGGGCUACGCUGCUUUUGGAGACUUAGCUCCGGGAAACCUCCUUACUGACAAAGGCUUAUCCAGCCCAUUUUGGCUCAUCGACAUAGCCAAUGCCGCCAUUGUGAUCCACCUUGUUGGUGCAUACCAAGUUUUCGCCCAACCCAUUUUCGCAUUGGUCGAAAAAACGGCAGCAAAAUUUUUUCCAGACAGCCAGUUCAUCACAAAAGACAUCAAAAUAACAAUCCCGCGUUUAGGUUCCUACAACCUUAACCUCUUCAGUUUAGUUUGGAGAACAUUAUUUGUGAUUCUAACCACUGUGAUCUCCAUGAUCCUCCCAUUCUUCAACAAUGUGGUUGGAUUUCUCGGGGCUUUGGGGUAUUGGCCACUCACAGUUUAUUUCCCCGUGGAGAUGUACAUUGCUCAAAAGAAGAUACCAAAGUGGAGCAUGAGAUGGAUUUGCCUCGAAAUCCUCAGUUUUUGUGUCCUUGCAAUCGCCUUAUGUGCUGCAGGUGGUUCAGUUACUGGUGUGGUUCAUGAUCUCAAGGUCUACAGGCCCUUCAAAACCAGCAAUUAAUUUAGGUUCAGCAAAUUUUAAUUUACUCGUACUGUCACCGUCAAGUAUUUUCCAAUUCAAAAGACAGCUUGUAGAACCCUAAUUUCUUGGUGCAACAUUUCUAGGUCCAGCUGAAUUCAAUGCCAUCAAUCAUGUUGCCUUCUUGUACAUGUCCUUAAAACAUAAGCAGCUAAUGCGUAACGGUGUGAUUUCUUAUGCUUC